AUGACAGGAGAAGUCACGGGUGAGCCAGUCAUCUUCGCGCGCAGUUCUUCCUCGGAUUGCGUUGCUCUCUGCGCGUCGCGUCUGUCCCAAAAGUGCGCCAGGGCGACGGCAGCGCGAGCGCAGCGCGGAGGCAAGAUCGUUCCAUCACGGCCUUCCGGGAACGACGAUGCGUCCAGCAUCGGCGGCUGCAGCGAAGGCAGCAGUAGGAUCGACGAGUCACCGAAACCAGCCCGGCCCCUUGCCUCUGGCCAUUUGCAGGGCAGUGCCGAAACCUCCGUGAGGAGCCUUGAGGACGACAGCAGCGUCACCAACGUCGACGACUCUUCUUCGAUUGUGGUGCCAGCGACCGAAUUGAGAGAUAAUUCUCAAAAUCCCGCCGAUCACACUUUCAAGACCGGUGCACGCUAUCGCAGGAACAGCUGCAGCAGCGGCGAAGACCCCCUCAGCGAGGAAUCCGUCGAUGGAGCAGAAUUGACAGAGGCACGCCCCGCGAACGAGACCCCUUCUUCCACGACGUGCUUGGCACAGUCUUCUGAGCCACCAGCACCCGUUCCGAUACAGGGCCAGCUAGAGUUGCUACUGCGCAAUCCCGACAACACAGACACUCCUCGUUCGAGCGAAAUGGACUCUCAGUCCCCGUCGGCCACGCAGGGAUACGGCGGGAAUGAGGCGACCGGGUGCAUUGUGGCCUACCCCGACGCGUCGACGUAUUCCAUGACGCCUGACUCGCACCUACAGGACUCGUCCUACGCGUCCACGUCCACGGACGGGAGAGCCAACCCAGGCGGUACUGAACGCUACGAGGAUGAACCCAGCGCGUCGAGCGCAAUAAGCCACGACCGCUCUCCGGCGGCGAGUGGCAGCUCUUCGCCCGGAACGCAGCAGCCCCGUAGGAUAACGUGGGGCAAGGCCAAGAGAUAUCCGGGCAGCGAGACGGUGUCCGAACUCGAAGACGAGCGCUCAGCCGAUUUGACGUCAGCAGAUGAGGGCCUUCCGCAGAAAGCAGGCCGCCAUGACGCGCGUUCCCGUCAGGCAUGUUCGCAGGGUGCCGAUGUCCGCAGAUGA